ACAGGGGCACGAUGGCACCUCGUCAACUUGGCCAGGAAAAAAGGUGGUGGUUUGGGGAGGAUACGAAAGAACCGGGCAUUUUCCUUUUUGUUAGAAACUCCCAACGAAAGGAACAAGAUGGGAGAUGUGAUCGGGGGAUCACGCUUGGUCAGGAAAGGCAGAGGAACAUCAAAAGGGAUGUCAUGGCCUGUAUCAAGGAUCAAAUCGAUAUCCCCACAACAGCAAAUGGAGCCAUCAACUUCAUCCGGACUCUCCCAAGACAAUAGUCUAUUGAUUGAAUUUUCGGAUUCAAAGGAUGUCACUCUUAAAACAUCUCUUGAUCAGUUUGAUUGGAACCAGAGUGAGAUAAGCAAUGAAAUGCGAGACUUUGUAGACUCAUCCAAUGACUUCUGUGCUGCAUUCAAACAGUUGAAGGCACACCAAACAAAACCAGUGGGACCGGAAGAACAAAAAGAAGAAACAACAGCGAAUGAAAAUGAUGAAACAGAAUCAGAAAUUGAGGGGGUGGAGAUAGAUGAAGAAGAAGAACCAGAACUGAAUGAUGAAAUAGAGAAGAUCAGGCCUUCAAAACGAAAAUUGUCUACCGCGAAAAUGGCAGCAAAGAAGAAGAAAUUGGAAAAUACUAAUACGGUUAAGAGAAUCAACUUAAAGGAGAAGUUUGUGGGCCAUCUGUGCAUCGAUGUUGGCGCGUUGAUCAAUGGGAUAGAUGCAUCCAGGAACAUCCGUCCCAUUGAUCAACAGUGGAAAGCAACACUGAAAAGGAGAAUUCUUAAUGGAGAAUUUAAAGAUGACAAUCAACCAUUACUUCUGUGUGUAAAGGAUGUUACUAAGGAGGAUUUUAAUGUGAAAAAUAUCAAUGGAUACAACUAUGAAGUUCUUGGUGGCCAACACCUAGUGUUGGCCAUGUCGGACAUUGGGAGAGAAUUAGGGGGGGAAUAUAAAAGAAGUCUGUGGGGUAAUGUGUAUUGCGGUUUAAUCGAUGAAGAAGCGAUGGUGGCCUCCCACAACCACAACAUGGUAGGAGAGGCCAGGCUCAAGAUGUCAUUCUAUGACAAGGUUAGAUUCUGUCGAGGGUGGAGGAAAGAGUUCGAAAAUGAUGUCGCUUGGAAGGAAUCUUGUAGAAAGCUUCAUGCUGAUGAAAAGACAACAAUAGACUUGGCCAUGCGGUUGGCAUUAUUUCCUGAAGAUAUGUUCAAGAUGCUGAUGGAGGUGUUCGCUCUAUACGAGGAUGGGGCGACAAAAGACCAGCAGCUCAAAGCAAAAGAUCUAAAAAAACCGAUCUGCAACAUGCCUGUUUCAGUGCUAUGGUGCACCUCCACAAUGAGGACAUUGAAUGGCUUUUGCAGAAAAUAAUGAACAAGGAUCUUUCUAUCGCCGAAAUGAAAAAAAAAGCGAAGGAAUUAAAAGGCCUUCAGGCCUAUACGAAGAGAUGGAG